CUCCUCCCUGUGGGAAUCUCACGGUGCAUUUCUGUGCCUCCCCCCCCCCUCCAGUGCUUCAGCUCCGUGGAGCUCUUUGCCAUCCACAACCUGAGCCAGGGCUCCCCCGUGGGGCACAGGGAGUUCAAGGAGUUCUGCCCCACCGUCCUGCAGCAGCUGGAGUCGGGGGCGUGCGCCCCCCAGAACCUGGAGAAGGAGGAGGAUGAGCAGGCAGAGGAGAGCAGGCCCAGCUCAGCUGAAGUCUGGGGUUACGGUUUCCUCUGCGUCUCCGUCAUCUCCCUGUGCUCGCUGGUGGGAGCCAGCGUGGUGCCCUUCAUGAAGAAGACAUUUUACAAGAGGCUGCUGCUCUACUUCAUAGCUCUGGCGAUUGGAACUCUCUACUCCAACGCCCUCUUCCAGCUCAUUCCCGAGGCGUUCGGGUUCAACCCUCAGGAAAAUGAUUACAUCUCCAAAUCUGCCGUGGUGUUCGGGGGCUUCUACCUCUUCUUCUUCACAGAGAAAAUCCUCAAGAUGCUGCUGAAGCAGAAGGACCAGCACCACCACGGGCACAGCCACUACGGCCCCGAGGCCGUGCCCUCCACGAAGGACCGCGAGGAGGGGGUGACAGAGAAGCUGCAGAACGGGGACCUGGACCACAUGAUCCCCCACGUGCCCGGGGAGCUGGAGCGCAGAGCCCAGGGCGGGGACCCCGCGGGGCCGGGGGGGUCCCUGUCCGUGCAGGACCUGCAGGCCUCCCAGAGCGCGUGCUACUGGCUGAAGGAGGUCAGGUACUCGGACAUCGGGACUCUGGCCUGGAUGAUCACGCUCAGCGAUGGACUCCACAACUUCAUCGACGGCCUGGCCAUCGGCGCCUCCUUCACCGUGUCCGUGUUCCAGGGCAUCAGCACCUCCGUGGCCAUUCUCUGCGAGGAGUUCCCACACGAGCUGGGGGACUUUGUGAUCCUGCUCAAUGCUGGCAUGACCAUUCGCCAGGCUCUCUUCUUCAACUUCAUCUCUGCCUGCUGCUGCUACGUGGGCCUGGCCUUUGGCAUCGUGGCUGGCAGCCACUUCUCUGCCAACUGGAUCUUUGCUCUGGCUGGAGGGAUGUUCCUGUACAUAGCACUGGCUGACAUGUUCCCUGAGAUGAACGAGGUGAGCCGGGAGGACGAGCAGAACGGCAGCGCCCUGAUCACCUUCGCCAUCCAGAACGCGGGGCUGCUCACGGGCUUCACCAUCAUGGUGCUGCUCACCACGUACUCGGGGCAGAUCCAGAUAGGGUAGGACCAGCCUGAGCUGCAGCCCUGAUCCAAUUUUUCCAUGGGGUUUUAUUUUUUUUUGGGGGGGAAAGGGUUUUUUUUUGGGGUUUUUUUCCUUUUUUUUUUCUUUCCUGCUGCAAACAUACGACGGUACCUGUGCGGGCACUGACGUCACACUACAGGAGAGACGUUGCUUUCAGAGCUAUUCCGUGGAUUUUUUCUGGUUUAAGGCUGAGGGGAGUGGAAUUCCCCUUCCCACAGGACUGACCUGACUUUUUCCAGUGUCAUAUCCCUUCUCACCUCUCCCAGGAGGGAUGGAAUGGGGAGACUGGAGCUGCUCCAGCCGUGCUGCUCCUCUCGUGCUUGGAGUGUUCCCGUGGGACGUGACACUGUCCUGACCCCUCUGGGUCAGGGGACAGAUGGGGACAGACCCUUCCCCGUGCUCUCUGAGGAUGAGGAGGUUCACCCUGGCACCAUCAUCCAGCUGGACGAUGCCCUGGCACGAGCAGGGUGAAGAGGGCAGGGGUUUUAAAGCACAUUUUGGGUGUCAGUGCUCGGAGCAGAGGACACUAAAGUGGGUUGGAGUGACACUUGGGGUGCUGGGAGAAGCCUAACCCCCCUUCAGUCCAUGGAAUCAGGGGCAAAUCCCAACUCCUCUGUCAGGGCUGGUGAGAAGGGGAUGAGAGCAGAGCCCUGCCCUGCCACAGGGAUCUUUCCUCAGGUUGUGUCCGAGCUCAUGGUGACAACUGGGAGCAGCCACCGGUUUUUAAACGCUGCUGAGGUUCAGGGUGGGGUGUUUUUAAAAGCAAAACUCAGACUGUGAACCUCUUCAGGUUGUGUGUUCCCAGCCUUAGGGAGUAGCCAGAGAAGGGUGUUCCAGGCACUUCCCAGCUCUGCCUCCGGGCUGGCCUUCCCCAGAUUCACUAGGUGAAUUACUUAUUAUCAUAUUGAUAAGGUUGCCCACCCCACCCGUGUUGCUCGAGGUUCCUUUUGCCCCCAGACCCCUCAUGCCGUGCCUGGUGUGACCCUGUGGCCGUGUGGAUUUUGGGGAAUUGCUGGUGGUUUGCUGCUGGGUUGGGAUGGAGGAGAGCCGCAGGUGCUCUGGAAGCGUUUGUCAAGUGUCUUCCUUCGCUGCCCACCUGUGCAGGUGUGGGGGGUGUGACAGGGUGGUGGCACCGUGCUGGAGCUGAGCCUCCCACACCUUCCCUUCCUCCCCUGAGGAAAGCAAACCUGAGGCUGCGCCAGGUGUUAUUCCAGAGGGAUCUCAGUCCCCUGGCAGCGUUGUACCCUGGCUGGAUUGCUGUAAUCCCUGAAUUCCCGGCUGGGUGACGUUCUUCCUAAACUCCCAACAGCUGCCACCAAGCCCGUGGCACUGCCAGGAUCCUCGUGGAUCAUCACCUGCACUCUCAGUCUGGGCAUUUGUCCCCCUGCCUCUUGGCUUUGUCCUGCACCCCAAACCUAAAUAACUUCUAGAGGAGCCUUUUCGGGAUCACCCUUCACCCGGGUGAUUCCCUCAAGGAGAGCCAGGCUCCGCUUUGUCCUGUGUGGUGUCUCUUGAGGACUGUCACCACAAGUCACCUUUCCCUGGGGGACAGAGCAGUGUGGCCCGUGCUGGCUCUGGCAACCAUUCAGCACCUCGCAGGCAUUCCCUGCGCUGCUGCUUCCAGGACAAAAGUGGCACUGGAAACAUUUUCCUUGCUUGAGAGAGCCGCAGUCCCAGCUGACUGAGUCGAUGUGGAAAAUCUGAGUCCUUCCACUGGCACAGGUGCCCUCUCCUCUCCUCUCUCUCAAGGAAUCACUUGGGAAACUCCAUGUGGCUGGCAGGGCACAGGGCACUGGAGGACGGGGAGGAAUCGAGGGGUUUGUCCCCUCUGGAGGUCCCCAAGAGCUGGGAAGUGGCAGAGAGCCAGCAGGAUUCACUGUGGGAAUCACGAGUCCGCCGUCUUCUCGUUUCUCAUUUAUCCCUGAUUUCUGAAAAAUCUGCAGCCUGGAGAUUAGGGGUGAGAUAAUUGAGAAAUGAUGCUGCCCUGCCAGCAAGGAGAGCUGUUCCCAAGCUGGGCAGGCUGGCACUGCCAGAGGGAAAGGGAUGGGAACCCACCCAAAUCCAGCUCCUUGUGGAUUUUCAUCCGUCUCUCCUUCCCCUCAUCCAGCUGGAAGCUCAAAUUCCAUCUCAGUAUUUCAAUUAUAACUCAGGUGUCGGAGGAGAGGACGCGCCGAAACAAAGAGCGUUAACUUAAAAAAAAUGUCACGUGGCUUGUACAGAUAUUUGUAAAAAUCCAUAAAUAAAAUAUAUUCUG